AUGGCUGCCCGCCCCACCGUUUCCGUCUUCUCUGCCUCCGGCGAGGCCUCGGGCUCUGUCCCCCUCCCCGCUGUCUUCACGGCUCCCAUCCGUAUCGACGUUGUCCAGGCCGUCCACAAGUCGAUCGCCAAGAACCGUCGUCAGGCUUACGCCGUUGCUGAGAACGCCGGUCACCAGACCUCCGCCGAGUCGUGGGGUACUGGUCGUGCCGUCGCUCGUAUCCCCCGUGUCGGCGGUGGUGGUACCCAGCGCUCUGGUCAGGCCGCCUUCGGUAACAUGUGCCGUGGCGGUCGCAUGUUCGCCCCCACCAAGACCUGGCGCAAGUGGCACGUCAAGGUCAACCAGAACCAGCGUCGCUACGCCGUCGCCUCGGCUCUGGCUGCCUCGGCCCUCCCCUCGCUCGUUCUCGCUCGCGGCCACCGCAUCGAGAAGAUCCAGGAGGUCCCCCUCGUCAUCUCCUCCGCUGCUGAGAAGACCGAGAAGACCAAGGCCGCCGUCGAGCUCCUGAAGUCGCUCGCCGCCUACCCCGACGUCGCCAAGGUCUCCAACUCUCGCAAGAUCCGCGCCGGUAAGGGCAAGAUGCGCAACCGCCGCUACCGCCAGCGCCGCGGCCCCCUUGUCGUUUACGGCAAGGACGAGGGCAUCGUUCGUGCCUUCCGCAACGUCCCCGGUGUCGAGACCUCGCCCGUUGACGCCCUCAACCUCCUCCAGCUCGCCCCUGGUGGCCACGUUGGUCGCUUCGUCAUCUGGACUGAGGACGCCUUCAAGGCCCUCGACAAGAUCUACGAGAACAAGUCUGGUUUCACCCUCCCCGAGGCCAAGAUCUCGAACACCGAUGUUACCCGCAUCAUCAACUCCGACGAGAUCCAGUCGGUUGUCCGCCCUGCCGGCCAGCCUACCCAGAAGCGUCCCUUCACCCAGAAGAAGAACCCCCUCCGCAACAAGGCUGUUCUCUUCCGCCUCAACCCCUACGCCAAGACCCUCCGUCGCCAGGAGCUCCUCCGCCAGGAGCGCAAGGCCGCUGGCAAGACCAAGAAGACUGCCAAGACUGGCCGUGCCGGCAAGGAGUUCGCCAACACCCUCUUCGCUGCCUAA